CGGGCACCUCCCCAGGUGAGCGGCGGUGGUCGGUGGUCCAGAGCUGCAGGAAAAGGCUGCCAAGCUGCUGGGGGUGGAGCGGACCUUGUUUGUGCCUACGAACACCAUGGCCAACCUCAUCUCUGGUGAGCGCGGCUUGGGGUGACUCCCGGUCGCCCUCCAGGUCCUCCCGCCAUGUGUCUUUCCUCGGUGCUGGGGGCCUGAGCCGUCUGGAUUUCUGCUGUGCUCAGCCAGGAGGGCCCCUAGCAGGAGAGGAGGGAGGGGGGGAGAGUGUGGUCAGCUUGCCCAUGCUCCUCCCAGACUGUGGCCCUGCGCCAGGCAGGCUGCCCUCUCCACGCUGCCCUGUCCCCAGGUUCCAGUGACCACACCCUCCCCUUGCCCCUUAUGGCCUGGGGGUCUUGCACUGUCCUUUGUGACUUCCCUACACGCUGCCAUACCUUUGUACGUUGUCCCUUUAUUAAAGUCUCAGGCUUCCCAGUGUGCACGUGCCCUCUGUUCCCUGCCUGGCCCAACUGACACCCGUGCGCUGAGCUGCGUGGCCCCAAGGGGCAGCAUCGUGGCCAGCUUCCCGUGCAGGCGAUGCGCAGCAGUGAUGGGUCACUGCCAGCGCAGGGGCUCCCAGCUCCUCCUCGGGCAGGAGUGCCACCUCCACGUCUACGAGCAGGGCGGGGUGGCUCAGAUCGCUGGGGUGCACUCCCACCCCCUCCCAGACCUGCCCCAUGGCACCCUGGACCUGGCUGAGCUGGAGAGGAUGGUCACACGGGGCCUGGGGAGCCCCUACCACCCUGUCUGUGAGCUCAUUUGCCUGGAGAACACCCACAGCAGCUCGGGGGGUCGGGUCCUCCCCCUGGACUACCUACGCCAGGUGCACCACCUGGCCCGGACCUACGGGGUCCGGGUCCACCUGGACGGGGCCCGGCUGAUGAAUGCUGCGGUGGCUCUGCAUGUGUCCCCUGCCCGCAUCGUGGAGCACUGUGACUCUGUGUCUCUCUGUUUCUCCAAGGGCCUGGGCGCACCUGUGGGGGCCUUGGUUGGGGGGCCCAAGGACUUCAUCGAAGGAGCCUGGCGCCUCCGGAAAGCCCUGGGCGGAGGGAUGCGCCAGGCCGGGGUGCUGGCGGCAGCCGCCCUAGUAGGACUGGCGGACGCCGAGGAGGUACUGCUGAGAGACCACCAGAACGCUCAGAGAUUCGCCAGAGGAGCUGGCGUCCCCCAUCUGCUCCGUGGACGUCGCCGCCGUGGAGACGAACGUGGUGAUGGUGACGGUGGACGGGCUGGCGCCCGAGGAGCUCUGCCGGCGUCUGCGGGCCGUGAGCGCUGCCGAGGUGGCCCAGACCGGGCGUGCGGUGCGCGUGCUGCUGUUCCCCUGGAGCGAGCGGUCGGUGCGCGCCGUGUGGCACCGCGACGUCUCCGCGCAGGACACCGAGCUGGCGCUGAGGAAGUGGGAGUUCGUGCUGAGGCAGCUGGGGCCCUGAGCGCGGUGAGCGGCCCGUGCCCCUGCCGGCGCCGGGUGGGGGGUGCAGGCGUCCUGAGGGAGCAGGUGGCAGGAGAGGCCGUCUCACACCACCCCGCCACCCCCUUGUCUCCUCCGGGGACCUUUUCUUCCCACACUCGGGGCCAAGCCUUCCAGCAAAGCCCCGGCGGCAGCCAGCGCAGGGCCUCUGCUCCCAGCCCGAGCCAUUUGCUCGGAGUCGGGCAGCUAAUGAGCGUGUCCCUGCUGGUGCUCGGGACACCGGAGGAAGGGUGACAGGAGCUCACGAGGGGACAUCGGGGCCCGAUGGUGAGGAGCACUAGCUGCCCGGCCGGGGGCGAGGCCUUAUCUUGAAGUCGUCAAUAUAUUUUUCCCUUUUCUAAAAAUAAAUUGUCUGGCUUUCAAAAGAG